UGGCUCCACAUGGGAUGUUAUUGGGAAGAUGUGAUGGGCAUGUUUCCCAAAGUUCUGAGCAAGGAGAGACCUGUGAGAGUCAAGGUAGCCCAGAAAGGCAGCAAGGAAACCAUUCAGAUGAAGGACAGAGUAAAUCCAGUCACAGGAGCAGAGGAGUGGAAAGAAACAAAGAAACUGUUAAUCAGAAAUUUCCCUAUCAAGAGGCACCAUACACUUGUCGUGACUGUGGGAAAAUCUUCCAACGGAGAGAAGGCCUAAUUGUACACCAGAGAACCCACACAGGGGAGAAACCCUUCAACUGCUCAGACUGUGGGAAAAGCUUCAGUGAGAGUCCAAACCUUGCUAGACAUAUGAGAACCCACACAGGGGAGAAACCCUUCAACUGCUCAGACUGUGGGAAAAGCUUUCGUGUGAGCUCACACCUUGUUACACAUAGGAGAACCCAUACAGGAGAGAAACCAUUUGGCUGCUCUCUCUGUGGAAAAAGCUUCAGUCGGCGGUCAAAUCUUAAUAGUCAUCAAAGAACUCACACAGGAGAGAGACCCUUUAACUGCUCAGUGUGUGAGAAAAGCUUCUGUGGGCACUCAGCCCUGAUUAAUCAUCAGAGAACACACACAGGGGAGAUGCCCUUCAACUGCUCUGACUGUGGGAAAAGCUUCAGUCAUCGCUCAAGUCUUCUUAUUCAUCAGAGAAUCCACACAAGAGAGAAACCCUUUUACUGCUCUGACUGUGGGAAAAGCUUUAGUCAGAACAUACACCUUAUUCAGCAUCAGAGAAUCCACACAGGAGAGAAACCCUUUAGCUGCUCUGACUGUGGGAAAAGCUUCAGUCAGAGCUCAGACCUUGUUAGACAUACGAGAAUCCACACAGGGGAGAAACCUUUUGGCUGCUCUGAAUGUGGGAAAAGCUUCAGUCGGAGAUCAAAUCUUAUUACGCAUCAGAAAACCCAUGCAGGAGAAAAACCCUUCAACUGCUCUGAGUGUGGGAAAACCUUCAGUCGGCGCUCAAAUCUUAUUUUACAUCAGAGAACUCACACAGUAGAGAAACCCUUCAACUGUUGUGAAUGUGGGAAAAGGUUUUGUCGGCGUGCAAAUCUUAUUAUACAUCAGAGAACCCAUACGGUAGAGAAACCCUUCAGCUGCUCUGACUGUGGGAAAAGCUUCAGUCAGCACUCAAGCCUUAUUAAACAUCAGAUAACACAUGUAAGAGAGACACCCAAUAACUGCUCUGACUGGCAAAACCUGCUGUCAGUGCAGAUCUUGUUACACAAAGGAAAAUCCACACCAGGAAAAUCCACACCAGAAAGAAACCUUCAGCUAGAACCCAAAGAUGAGAGAGACUAUUGUAAUAUAACAGGGUUUCUGGGAGCACUGUUCACCACGGGGCAGGGGGCGCUGCUGGACCCCGCUCAGAGAGCCCUCUACAGGGACGUCAUGCAGGAGAACUACGAGACUGUGGCCUCGCUGGGAUUCCCUAUUCCCAAACCUGACCUGAUUGUCUGGCUGGAACGAGGGGAAGAGCCGUGGGUCCCAGAUCUCCAGCCCUCCAAAGAAAUGGAAACCCUGAGAGGCACCCACAUAGCAGGUGCUAGGACAGUGAGGGAGAGCAAGGAGGAGAAUCGACAGGAGGAAGGGCCUGGAUCCAUAGUAUCACAGGGAACAUUUGUGGAAGGAGCUGAAGGGGAUUUUUCCCAGUGUGUGGAACAGGGGAAAUUCUGGGGGAAUGGACACAGGGCAGAGAGGCAGCUGGAGAGCAAUGCAAGCAGUAAAGUGGAAGAAUCCAUUGAAUGUGGCGGAGGAUCCAAGGAUCCCAAGGAAACUCCAGCCCAGCAGACAAAUUGCAAUGGAAAAAAACCCUGUGAAUGCUCAGACUGUGGGAAAAGAUGGAGUGAGAAGUCAGGCCUUAUUCUGCCCCAGAGAGGACACACAGGAGAGAGACUCUGCAAAUGCCUUGAGUGUGGGAAAGGUUUCACUCAGCGAUCAGCUCUUACUAGACACGAGAGAACCCACGUGGGAGAGAGACCAUAUAAAUGCCUUGAUUGUGGAAAAGGUUUCAUUAUACAAUCAGCUCUUACUCUCCAUACGUUUACCCACAUAGGAGAGAAACCAUAUAAAUGCCAUGAAUGUGGGAAGAGUUUCGCUCAGCGAUCAGACCUGACUGUCCAUGGGAGGACCCACACAGGAGAGAGACCAUACCAAUGCCAUGAGUGUGGGAAAUGUUUCACUCAGCAAUCAGCCCUCAUCAGACAUAUGAGAACCCACACAGGAGAGAAACCAUACAAGUGCUUUGACUGCGGGGAAAGUGUCAUUGGUUGCUCACACCAUAUUAUCCAUCAGAGAAUGCACACAAACAAGAGCCCAUAUAAAUGCCAUGAGUGUGGGAAAGAUUUCAUUAUGCUAUCAGCUCUUACUGUCCAUAAGAGAACCCACACAGGAGAGAGACCCUAUAAAUGCCAUGAGUGUGGGAAAGGUUUCAUUAAUCAGUCAGCCCUUACUGUCCAUAAGAGGACCCACACGGGAGAGAGACCAUAUACAUGCCAUGAGUGUGGGAAAGGUUUCACUCAGCGAUCAGCCCUCAUUAGACAUGAGAGAACCCACACAGGAGAGAGACCAUAUCAGUGCCAUGAGUGUGGAAAAGUUUUCAGGGAGCAAUCAGCCCUCAUUGGACAUGAGCGAACCCACACAGGAGAGAAACCGUAUAAGUGCUUUGACUGUGGGGAAAGCUUCAGUCAGAGUUCACACCUUAUUAUCCAUCAAAGAUUGCACACAGGAAAGAGACCAUACACAUGUCUUGACUGUGGAAAAAGCUUCAGGCAAACCUCAAAUCUUAUGAGACAUCAGAGAGUACAUGCAAGGAAGAGAGACCCUGUAAAUGCCAUGAGUGUGGGAAAGGUUUCACUCAGCGUUCAGCCCUCACUACCCAUGAGAGAACCCACAAAUGAGAGAGACCAUAUAACUGCCUUGACUGUAGGAAAAGCGUUGGGUACAACUCACACCUCACUAGACAUCAGAGAUUCCACACAGGUCAUGCAUCAGCCCAUCCCCCAGGAGGAAACCUCUCAGAUUUCAUUUGUUAGUGCAGUGGUUCUUAACAUGGGGGUAAUUAUCCCUCAAGGCACAGUUUGGAAUAUUUCAGAUGAUAAUACCUUUAAAAUACAAUAGUAGUUCAAUUUUUUUCAACAUCAUGCAUGAGAUAACAAAAUACAAUGAAAAUGAUUAAUCGGAAUUUUCUUUUUGUCUAUUGCCAUUUUAAAAAGGAGGAGGGGUAAUUUUGGCUUAUUGGUUAAGCUUAAGGGGUAACAGUGCCAAAGAGGUGAAGAACCACUGCGUUAAUGUGUAAAGCACCAGUCCGUGGAACAGUGCUGGGCCAUGAACCGCUGGCUGCAGGGCUGCAGCAGCUGCGAAACCUAAAGCUGUCUGUCUCUGGCAGUUCUGUGGGCUGGGGCUUUACCUUGGCCACAUGAGCUGCCGCACAGCAGCCGGCUUCAAAUCCUGCAGCCAUGGCGGCUGAUUUUGCCCAGUGGCAGCUCUGGGGCUGAGGUGAUGGCAAGAGGAGGAGGCAUCUCCCGCUCACCUCCCUCCCACCCAGGUAAGAUGGUAGCCCGGCUGAGGUCCCACACUCCCCCACCACCACCCUGCCUCUACCCAUGGGAGACACUUGGGGAGGAAGGAGGUGCAAAGGAGGAAGAAGUGGGCACAGUGCCAACAGCCACUCCCCCUGCCCACAUAUCAGUAACCGCCACUCUUCCUAUAGGGGACAACCUUACUCUGGGGAGUGUAGGGGUGGGGGAGAGUGUAGUGGGGUUGGGGUAAGAGAGUGUUGGCGUGGGCUGUAGGGGUCAUAGGUGAAACGGUCAAAGGGCAUAGGGUGGGCAUCAAAAGGUGUUAGAUGCUGGGGAGCAAGGGUCAGUGGUUAUGAAAGCAAGUGCAGUGCAGCUCAUGCUUCUGUCAGGGGGCAGCAGAUCUCAGGGUGUCUGAGCAGGGCAGGGGGCCUCAGAGCUUGUGGAACAGGCAGGUGCAGGGUCAGUGGGGCAGGAUCAGGAUUUGGCACAACAGGCAGUCAUGGAGUUUGUGGAGCAAGGGGCAGUGGGGAAGGAUCAGGGGGUACUGGGCGUGGUGGGACAGGAUCUGGGGAAAUGGGAAGUUGUCAGUUUAAUUCAUAUGUUGCUGCGACUUGGUCUACAAACUAUAACUUUUUCUGAUUGCUUUUCCGGAAGAGGGUUUUCCGACAUUUGGCCCCAUGUAUACGGGGCCAAAUGGUGGAAAAGCCUCUUUCAGAGGAGCC